AUGGCCAGGCACGGACGAAAGUCUGGUCAUCUAACUGCUACAUGGAAAAAACCUGGUCGACCUCCUGAGCAACCUGCGGAACUUGGACCAGAUCCCAAACUUACACAUCUGCUUCUCAAAUUGCCUCCGCAUCUUCCUCCCUCGCGUCCGCCAGUGCAAUCUCUCAUCGAGAACUAUAUCAGUCCAUCGUCUUCAAGCAGUAACGAGGAUGUUCUGUAUGGAGCGCAGGUGACACAGGAUGAUAACGAUGAUGGCGUUGUUCAUAAUUCUGACACGGACGGAGAUGACAUCACUGUUACGGAACCAGCCUCUCAGUCAACUCAGGGAGAUCAUGGGAAGGUUAUAACACCCCUACAUGCACAACCAGUAGAAGUAGAAUACAUGGUGCCGAAGCAUGACGGAAAGGCUAUGAAGCGCGUACCGUUGUCUUCGGCCGUAACCUGGGAUAUUGUCCGCGAGUGGCUGCGCAUUGUGAUGGGAUAUGACAAUGUUGACGACAUGGCGCUCUCGUAUCGCCUCUCCAAGGAUGCCAAGUCUGUCCGCAAGAGCCUCGAGGAUGACAAUGACUAUCAGGGCAUUGUCCAGUCCAUGCAGAGUCAUCGCCGGAAUACCCGACCUCAGCAAGUAAUUAUAUUGGACAACAGUGUGAAUGAUUCAGAGCAGGAGUUGUCACAGCCCAAGGGUUCGCACAAGAAGGCACCUGGGAUGAAAGCAGCCACAGUCGCACAUGCUUAUGCCACUGUAGAGCAUCAAAGCCAAAUUGAUGAAGUGGUGGAGGAGUUGAAAAGGCAGAAUCCGAAGUGUAGUGAGCACGCCAUGUCGUGUUGGCUAGGGCAUCCAUCUGGAGAGCACGUCCAGCUCACGGAGAUGUGUUUUGCAGCUUGGGCAACUGACAUUGUCAAGCAACUGUCACUUCCAGAAAUGGAACGCACAGUGACCUAUACCCAUCCAUCGAACAAUCGGAUGUUUGAUGUACCUCCCUUGUUUCAUCAUCAGCAUGCCCCGUCGGUGUUGAAGGCCCCUUCCACAUCUAUGCCUGUUCCUCCAAUCAUUAUCAACAUGCCUGAGAUGUCUGGUUCUCACAAACAUCUUAUGGUAUCUCCAUCAUCAUCUGAUCCUGUCAAUUCUGCUGAUGCUCCUUGGCCAUCGCUCACCGACUUUCUUCUGCAUGCUGUAACUGUAGACUGUCACAGUCGGAACUAUCCUGCAUAUGAGCCAGGUCUUUGUCAAGCUGACCUUCUGGGCCCGGAUGACAUUGAGAAGUGUACAGAGGAGGAGCUGAAGAAGCAUUGUGAUAUUCCCAUUGGUGCUGGUCGAUUCUUGAUACAUGAGGCUAAACUGGUUUGCAAGCAGAUUCAACAACAGGCACAGAUACCACAGAAGUGUUUCCGAUUUGAUUAG